GCAGUAUAGCUAGUCCCUAGAGAUGUCCCUAGAGAAUCAGCGAUUGAGCGUGCGAAGUGCAACAUGCAAUCUCGACUGAUGCAAAAUGGACUAUUUGAUGGUGAUUCAGUUUCGGAAAAUGAGAGCCAACUGUUAGAUGGUCAUCUGGCUGCCAUAACAGUAGCCGUGAGAUGGAUAAUGGCCACCGAUUAUAUUAUUGCAGAGUGUGAUGGUGGUGUCGGCAAUGGUGCAGAGUGUGAUGGUGGUAGAGUGGUGAUAUCGUCGAUGUCGGUGAAAAAUAAAGGGCAACAAUGUUGGAUUUUUUCCGCGGUGGCACAUCAUCCUGGUGUGGGGGGAAUGAAGAACAAUAACAACAGCCAUGACCAGCAGAGCUCAAUAAUGGCGACAACAAUUAAGGCAUUGACUCCCCCAAUCAACGCCUUCACCCUCAUCUCCCUCUUCUUCUUCUUCGCCUGCGGCCUCACCUGCGGCGUCGUCCUCUCAUUCUACGGCAAUUACAACUCCUGGUCCCUCCGCCUCCAGUUCGUCCACGCCCCGCGCCGCCGCCCUCCGCCGCCGCCCGCCGCCGGGGCGCGUGUCGGGCUCCGGGACUUCCUGGCCCCGCCGGAGAACAGGGCGCACGACAUGACCGACGAGGAGCUGCUCUGGCGGGCGUCGGUGGCGCCCAAGAUCCCGGAUGCGCCGUUCCGGCGGGUCCCGAAGGUGGCGUUCAUGUUCCUCGCCCGCCGGGAACUGCCGCUCCGGCCGCUCUGGGAGAAGUUCUUCGACGGGCACGAAGGGCUGUUCUCGAUCUAUGUCCACUCCGAUCCCUCUUACAAUGGAACGGAGGAGCCGCCGCCGGAUUCCGUCUUCCACGGCACCAGAAUUCCCAGCAAGAAGGUGGAAUGGGGGAAGGCCAACAUGAUUGAAGCAGAGCGAAGAUUACUCGCAAACGCACUUCUCGACUUCUCCAACGAGCGCUUUGUUCUCCUAUCAGAAGCUUGCAUUCCGUUGUUCAAUUUCCCCACCAUCUAUUCUUACCUUACCAACUCCUCCGAGACGAACGUGGAGGUCUACGACCUCCCGGGCCCCGUUGGCCGGGGCCGCUACAACAAACGCAUGGGCCCCACCCUCCGAAUCCAAGAUUGGCGAAAGGGGUCCCAGUGGUUCGAGAUGGACCGACGCCUCGCCCUCGAAGUCAUCUCCGAGAGGACGUAUUUCCCCCUCUUCCAGGCCUACUGCACCGGGCAAUGUUACUCCGACGAGCACUACUUGCCCUCGUUGGUGUACCUAAAGUUCGGGAAGGAGAACUCGAACAGGACCCUGACGUGGGUCGACUGGUCGAAAGGCGGGCCCCACCCCUCCCGGUUUUAUCGGAAUGACGUGACGGUCGAGUUCUUGCACAAGUUGAGGAAUGGGAGCAAGUGUGAGUACAAUGGACAUGAGACCACAAUGUGUCACUUGUUUGCUAGGAAGUUCACUCCCCAUGCUCUAAGUAGAUUGCUUAUUUUGGCACCAAAGCUUAUGGAGUUCCAUGGACAUUGAUUGACAAGCAUUACCAAAAUUGUAUAGAUAAAUGGCAUUUUUUCAAUUAUAAAUUAUUGAAUAUUGAUGAUCAAAACUGAUUUUCAUCAAUAUUUGUUGUCCUUGUACCGUGAGAAUUGGGGAGUUUCAUCAAAUGAUACACAGAGUCAACAAUUCUUUCCAAUCAUCAACACAAAAUUGUAUUCUUUAGAUAGAUACCUACACAAACUAAAUUGAAAUCUUUUAU